AUGAAUAUGAUGAGCUUGCUCAUGAGUGUCAUUGAGUUUCAGACAUUGGUCGUGAGAUCGUUUGGCAGAGGUGGUGGCAGCAGCAGGGGCAGGCGACAGCGCAGGGGUGAGGAUUUGGUUCAUCCUGUGAAGGUUAGCCUUGAGGAGUUGUAUAAUGGAACAUCGAAGAAACUCUCUCUUGCCCGCAAUGUGCUCUGCUCAAAGUGCAAUGGCAAGGGUUCAAAGUCUGGGGCUUCCAUGAAGUGUGUCGGCUGCCAAGGUGUUGGUUACAAGGUCCAGAUCAGGCAGCUGGGACCAGGAAUGAUCCAGCAAAUGCAACAGCCCUGCAAUGAGACCAGGGGAAGUGAUGAGACCAUCAGUGAUAAGGACCGUUGCGGGCAAUGCAAGGGUGAGAAGGUGGUUCACGAGAAGAAAGUCCUGGAGGUGGUGGUCAAGAAGGGUAUGCAGCAUGGACAGAAGAUCACCUUCCCCGGUGAGGCAGAUGAAGCGCCUAAUACCAUCACUGGAGACAUAAUCUUCGUCCUCCAGCAGAAGGAGCACCCCAAAUUUAAGCGGAAGGCCGACGACCUCUUCUAUGAGCACACCCUGACCCUGACAAAGGCCAUGUGCGGCUUCCAAUAUGUCUUGGCUCAUUUGGAUUGCAGACAGCUUCUCAUCAAGUCCAACCCCGGGGAAGUUGUCAAGCGUGAUUCAUUCAAGGCAAUCAACGACGAGGGCAUGCCCAUGUACCAGAGGCCCUUCACGAAGGGCAAGCUCUACAUGCACUCUAAAAGAACCCAGAGAAGAUUAAUCUGCAGCAGUUUUCUCGCCAACUUUGGUAACGAGAGUAUAUCUGUUACUUCAUGUUACUGA